GAACUCAGCGUGACAUCAUCACGACAAAAAGGUUCCGAAACAGGUGACUGAAACAAUGUCAACAACAACAUAACACACGGCAAGGAAUCAAGUGGAGUAGCAGUUGCGCCCAUGCCUUAAAGAGUCAUAUUUAGAAAAAAAAUGAAGACGGACUUGCUCUCUGUGAUGAAGCCCUGGGAUUAUAUCCUGAAAAUUCUCGGCUCCUGGAAAAAAAGGCAAAGGUUCUAUGUCAGCUUUACCGCUUCAAUGAUGCUUAUGAACUUUUACAGGCUUGGCUUCGAAGAGAUCCACAGAACACGUUGGCAAGGAAAGAACAUGACAGACUUAAAGCAAUCCUCAGUUUAGUGGAAGGCGAUGAUUCUGACGAUGAUGAAGAAACUAAGGACAGCAAGACGAAUGUCUCAAGCACGGAGAAAAAUGCUAGUGAGGAAAACAAAGCGUCUCUGGCACUUUUUCCACAAAAGACUCAGAACGACGAUGCAACGGGUGACAAAGACAAGGCGUCCUUUGGCACCUCGAGCAAGUCUGCAUUCUCAUUGUUCAGUAAACAACCUUCCCCUCAGCAUAAGAAAAAUGAAGAUCCUUCAUCAUCAUCAUCAUCAUCGUAUCUCAGUCUGUCUCAGAAAACAGACCCUGACAAGCGCAGCCAAUACUACCUCCACAGACAGAAACUAGAGGCGGCCGACACACACGAGUGGCAAUUUCGAGCCCCUCCUCGUGGCUUGGCUAGUGAUGAAUACGGCAUUUGCAAGCGGUAUAAGGAAACUGGAAGAUGUACGUUUGGAGAGAAGUGCACCCAAGCCCACUCGGAGGCGGAGCUGGACGAGUGGAACCACCGGUAUGCCGUACGCAAGCAACAACUGCAGGAGUCCCUGGACGCCCGGGCUCAAGGGGGCACCUAUAUUGAACAGCUCCUUGAGAAGCUCAUGUCUCAAGAUCCGCCAAAGAUGGUUUUGGUUGAAAAUAUGGAUUUGGUCAAAAUCCAUGAGAACUCUGACCUGAAAGUGAGCAAUUCCACCAAGAAAUGCACAAAUGCGUGGACUUUUACAGUCACCAGCAAGCUGUGUCUGCACUGUGUGGCCCUGAUGAUGGACACCCACCGGAGCUACUUUCACAUCUCCAGCAUCUCCGUGGGGCCCAGGAAGACGCAGAAGUACCAGAACCUGGAGAACCAGUGCCAGGAGUGGAUCAACCAGGACACGCUCAGCAAGGGCCAGGGAGAGUUCGUCUACAGGGUCAAGGUUGUCUUUAAGACAGAUAUUUACGGAACGUUUCGUCAGACAAUUGUUUUCGAUUUUGGUGUUGAGAUGAUCCUCAUGAGAGAAGUGCAGGUCGAGUCUGCUCCAGCCACCGACCCGGAGAAGAUCCGUAAGGAAAUCACGCUGUCCGAGGCCCACAGGUGGAAUGAGAGGACUGUCACUUUAGUUUCUUUUGAGCCUCGACCUGUUUCUCACAGCGAAAGGGAGAGAGCUCUAUUGGCCAAGUACACCCUCCCACAGCCCGACAAGUUUUGUCCCUCGGAGACUGUCAUGCACAACCUGAGCAAAGAGAACUAUCGCCUCUGGAUGCAUCAGAUGCUCUACAUUGAAGAACUGGAUCAAGUGAGAUAUAUUUCAAGAUUCAACGUGACCACAGCUCUUCAGUUGGUGAACAGAUUUUUGCUGAUGCCGAGCCCGCUGUCUACGGCCAAGUACGCUCAGGGUGGGGAACUUUUCGCUCGGAUGGAACUGGAGGAUGACCUGUCGGAGGACUCCAUGGCCGGCAGGCUCAUCCUGCAGGCUUCACACGUGGCCUGGGUGGCCGAAGGAAAGAAAGAACGACCAGAAAAGGUUUAUGAAGCUCUUAUUGAAGACAAGGGAAAGAACUUCAUCUUUAUUCGCCUCUCAAAGGCUUGUGUUGAUGAGCUUGGACUGUCAUGUGACCAAGAAUUUACUGCUCAGAUUCAGUUCCAGCUGAAUAGAUUGUCCAUGUGUGAGAUGCACUCUGCUGUUGACGGUCUGCCUACUUUGGACAUUGUCUUCCCAGACUUGGAGAAAAUGCCUGACAAGUUAGAUUUAGAUGAGAGUAUUCUUCAAGAUGAGAGUGAGAAAAAACGCCUGAAUGAGAAACAGAAAGAUGCAGUAAGGCUGAUUAUGGCCAAUUCUGACUUGAAGCUGCCACCCUUAUUGAUUGUGGGCCCUUUUGGCACUGGGAAAACUUUUACCAUGGCCCAGGCCGCGAAACAAGUCCUGAAGCAAGAGAACACGCGCAUUUUGAUUUGCACACACUCCAAUAGCGCGGCGGAUUUGUACAUUAAGGAAUUCCUUCACGACUACGUGGGGUCCUCGGAACACGUGGAGGCCCGGCCCCUGAGGAUCAUGUACAAGUUUCGGUGGAUCCAGACGGUGCCCGAAGUUGUGCUGGAGUACACGCUGCUAGAGCGAGAGGGCCCGAUGGCCGGCACAUUCAGAGAACCCACGGUGGAGGACGUCAUGGCCCACAGAGUCAUCAUCACCACACUCAACAGCUCAAGAUGCGUGGCAGACUUGGAUUUGCCGAAGGAUGCCUUCAGCCAUAUAUUCAUUGAUGAAGCAGCGCAGUCGUUUGAAAGCGAGACGUUAAUUCCUCUGUCAGUGGCCCAUGAGAAAACUCGGAUCGUGUUUGCUGGAGAUCACAUGCAGAUGAGCCCAGAGGUGUAUUCUGACUUCACAAGGCAGCAGGGCUUUCAUGCCUCACUCUUGGAGAGGCUGCAUGAGCUGUACCCCAAGGAAUGUGUUUACAAGGUAAUGCUUUGUGAGAACUAUCGGGCUCAUGCUGCCAUCAUUGACUUCACGUCAGAGCUUUUCUACGACAACAAGCUCAUUUCCAGUGGCAGUAUAGUGGCUCAUGAGCAGUUCUACCCACUCACGUUCUAUGCAGCAAAGGGAGAAGAAAUCCAGCAUGAGAACUCCACCGGAUUCUACAACAUGGCUGAGGUGUAUGAAAUUGCAGAGAGGGUUGAUGAGCUGAAAAAGAAAUGGCCUGAUUCCUGGGGCCCUUUUGAUAACAAUGGAAUCAGCAUCGUUGCUCCGUACUCUGAUCAGGUUGCGCGGAUCAGGCUGGAGCUUCGCAAAAGAAAAUUGUUCAAUGUCAAUGUGGAACGUGUCCUCAACGUUCAAGGCAAACAGUACAGGGUAAUCAUGCUGUCCAUCACGAGGACUCGGCUGACGUGCAGGUCCGACCCCAACAUGGAGGAGUACAUGGACUUUGGGUUUCUCUCCAACAUCAAACUGCUGAACACGGCUAUCACACGAGCACAGUCCCUAGUGGUGGUCGUGGGAGACCCUGUCUCAGUCUGCCUGGUUGGAAAGUGCAGGAAAAUUUGGGAAUACUUUCUGGAGAUCUGCCACGACAACGACAGUCUCCACGGCAUCUCCUGGGUCCCCCUGAGGGAGCAGCUGGACCGAGCGGAGCUGACCAAAUCGUUCGUGCUGAACCCACUGGCCCCAGAGUUUGUGCCCAACCGUCAGUACCACAGCUCCCACGCCGGCCAACAGGACGCUCACGGGGGCGUGUUCCCGGGCAUGCCACACCUCAACGCGUGGCCGGGCUAUCCGGGGAUCAUGCCAGGACAGUACUUCCCUACGAUGUACUCACCAUUCUACCAACAGCCCAUGUACUCUCAGUACAUUCCAAACCUGUUGCCAACAAUGUUGUACCCUCCACACUUUGGGCGGGGAGUUCUUCCAGGGAAGCAAAUGUUUGGACGCUACGUCCCUCCUAGUGGCCCCUUCCCUUACUCUCGAGGCGGUCACAUGGGACGGGAGGGCAUACCGCGAACAGUGGACAUGCCGGGUGCUCGGAACAUCCGACCAUCUCGUGGAGGGAGACACAUGUACUACAACCAUCCCCGUCUGCCGUUCCCACCAGUUCCCCACUCUGGCUUCGCUCCCCUGAUACAGCCCAACCAGCCACACGGGAACUAUAUCUAUCUACCUGAAGACCCAAGAGCAUUAGCCUUCGCCCCCCAUCAUCAGCCAGGCGUCCACCCCUACUUAGCGGCCUCGCAUCCCUUCCCUCCCCACCACCCUAUGAAGACGUCCAUGGCGGCUUACGGCGGUAUGGCUCACGCCUCUGGAGGGGGGAUGGUCAACCCACACUACCACCCAAGUCACCACCAGGGAUCACCUUCCCCACAGUCCACGCCGAAUUCUCACAGUCCGCACCUGGGCCUCACCCGAGACCGCUCCGACACUUCUGACAGCGCCCGUAUGGCCGAUUCUCCCAGCUCUGGAAUUCAGCUGUUGCCCAAUGUCAAACAUGUCCCCGCCCACCUGCUGGGCAAGCCCGGAGAGGUGACCACAUCAGCUGACCAGAUGGCAGGAAGUCCGACAGGCAAUAGGAUGCACGUCUCGGGUCUCCGACGUGAGGAUCGUGCCCCAGCUCAUGUCUCCAAUCGUCCGUACAGCCCGGCCAACUAUGCUAGGGAAAGGUCUGGUUCGGGGGAGACGCCUCUGUCCAGGUCUUACAGUCCAGCUAAUUACCUGAGGGACCGAGCGGCGUCUGGCGAGGACAUCCACUCCCGGAGGUCCUACAGCCCAGCCAACUACGCACGAGACGACCGGCGGAGCUCAGGGGAAGACGCAAGCUCCAGUCAUGAAAGAUCGAUGUCAAUUUCUCCUCCCAUUCCACUAUCGCUGGCAUCAUCGAGCCUGGUCUCCUCCAAUGGUGCGGAGAUCAAGGAAAGCAACGGCUCCUCAAAUUUGAACAAUCGAAGGCAGAGGCCAAAUUUGAAGCUUCGCACUGGGUUCAGUCGACAGUACAGUGAUGACCUGCCCACACCCACUGUCAUCACUAAUAUGAUCCAGAUGAUAGAUGACAACAUUGAUGAAGCCUCAGCGGAAGAUGAUUCUCCUUCCAUCCUGGGCGAUAACAAAAAACCCAACUUAAAACUCCGCAUGACUGUUGCUCAACGCCUCCAACACCGCCAAGCUGUGGAUGGAAGUGAAGCGUCCUCCUCCUCCACCCCUCCUUCCACUGAAGAUUCACAGCCAUCAUACGCUACCAUGGUAACCCGUAUGACGGAACAGAAACAGAGCAUGACUGCUGAGGAGGCAGCUCACCUUGAGAUACAGACGCCGCGUACUCCGAAAGGCUUUAUCACACCAGGUGCCGAGAGAGAGGAGGUUGAUCCGUUUGGAAUUCUAAAAUCUUUGAAUAUUGGAGGGACCCCUCAAUAGCUUGUUGCGAAUAUCUUUCCUAUGCUUUUCUGUCCCAUAGUUUUCUUUAGUUGUUAUCUGUUUGUUCAUUGUUGUAAGACAGCAUUUCGCCAUGUGUUGUAUGAAAAAUAACUUUAGGACUUCAAAAGCAGAACAUGACAAAAUUUAUUCUUCGUGUCCUCACAAAAAAAGUGUAUAUAUUUCCAGUUGCUUUUACAUAUAUACUAAAUCUUUUCUGUAUUGGUGAAGUGCAGUAAUUGUUGACAGGGUCAGAAGUUCUUUUCUUGUGAACUGUAAUGCAGAUUGUGGAAGAAUUUUUUGGGGUCAUGAUAAGGCUAUCUAAACCCUGUUUUUUUUUUUUUAUGUAUCCGUUUUGUACAGUUGAAGUCCAUUUGGUACAAAGUAUUCAUCUAACACAAUUUAAUCCUGUAAUAUAAGAGCGUAUAACUAUCUGAAAAUCAGUUCUAUUUUUGAGUGGUAUUAAGGAGCAGUUUUCUCUUUAAAGAUACUGUGCAUUUGAAAGAUUUUUUCUUUUGUUAAUUAAUGCUAUUCAAAUAGUACUUCUUCUGUGUGUUUUUUGUUGUUGUUUUUUUUUUUUUUAAUAAAUUUUGUCCUUUUUUUUUUUUUUUUUUGGUAAAACUUUUAACCCUGCGUGCCUCUACUAAUUCAUCAUCCACACCAUGUAAUUCUCUUGUAUUUGAUUGACUUUGGGAACAGAAUAUUCCUUUGAGACAAAUGGUUUUAUUGCCAGCAUAUAGUGCUUCAGUCUUUUAGAUUUAUGGCGAUUCUCUGUUGAAAAAUUUGGGGAUGGUAUAAUGACAGUGUGAUGGAAUUUUGAGGCAGAGGCUGAAUUGGUUUGGUUUUCUUUCUUUUUAUGAUGUUUGAAGGGGAAGUGAGAUUUGGUUUUCUUUCUUCAACAGAAACAGGAGGGAAGUGGGUAUCUCUUCGAAGCUUUUACUUUUUAAAAACUAAUAACAACCUAGGCGAGAUUGAACAACAGAGAUGAUGUCAAAUCUCCUGUCAUAAAUUUCAGAUUAACGGCUCCUUUUUUCUUUUUUUUUUAAGGUCGUUUUGGUAACAAGUGCCUUGUAUGUGUACUGUGUAGUUAGCAAGUAUUUCGCCUAGCACACCACUGUGGGCAUUUCACAAAAGCCUCUUGGCUCCGUUCGUCUUAGUUACCUGUAGCAUGUCUUUCUUUUCAUGUAUAUAUAGAAGAAAUAUCUUACUAUAAGGAUAUCUAAAAGUGCACCCAUUACGACGUCCACUGGACUUCAGUAAUUAUGAUAUUUUUACGCACAUUUUUCUCCGUAUCAACCUCACUUAAAAGGCUUCAGGCACAGUUUUUUUUGCAAUAUUACUCUCGAGUGUUUUUCACCUUUUCGCAGCUUCUUUUUUUUCUGUUUGAUGUAUUUGUUUCCCCCCACCCCCAUUCUUUCUUGUUUGAAGUCGUGUAAUCUGCAAUUAACAUUGUCUUUCAAAUGUUCGCUCAUGUCUUGUACAGUGCAGUAUUUUGUUUGAGAAGAAAACAGUAGAAGAUUUACAAUUUUGACAUUUAUUUCAGUUCCUAUGAGACCAUCGUCUUCUGCCUGGUUCACAGUGACAUUAUUUGUUAACAGCCUCUCUCAGGGGCUUUUAACAUUCAUGUGGCUAUAAAAGAUACCUGAAAAUUCUUCUUUGAACUUUGAUCUCCUGUAGUAUUGUAUCCAUUGACAUUUAUAUGUUCUCAUACGCAUUCUGUCUAGUUAUAGUUUCCUUUAUAGAAAAGUAAAGACCAUUUUAAUUUCAAAAUGAUAGCUAUAUAUGAUAUUCUGUUUUCCACUUGCAUUUUUAGUAUGAAUUGUUCAAAGCUAUUGUCUCUGAAUUGCAUAGAAUGAAAAAUUGAAGACACCACACUUUACUGGUUUAGAAAGAGCUUGGUUGGUCUGUCAUCUUUUUUUUUUCCUCUUUCCUAGUCACACAAUUUGUCACAGGUUUGCUUUGUCCUAUACUACAAUUUGUUCGUCUUUGCUUCAAGUCAUUUGAAAUUUCUCUCUGAGUAUACUUUUUAGGAAAAAAAGAUGAUAAAAAUUUUGGCAGUGUUGUUGACGUUGGGGAUUAUUGUGUAUUACCUGCUUGUCAUUCUUCUUCAUAUAUUGUUAUUGGCAGCAGCUUUUUUUUUUUUUUUUUUCGUUUUGCACAUUUCUUGUACAGAGAGCCUUUAACAUGAAUAUCUACUAGCGCUUUGGAAGAAGGGACAUGGAUUGUUUGAAAGAAAGAUUUUGCUCUGCAGCUGGAUUGUCGAUAGAUGACUAUUCUGUGAUGAAGUUAUUGGGGUCACUGUGCUUUUUUUUUCCCCCAGUUCUCCGACAGUAAAACUUGUUGGUCCCUUGCUGUGUAUACUGUAUGGGAAUGCUACUGGAUGAAAAGAAGAAAGUUUGACACACAUGUACUUUUUUUUUUUAUUGCACAACCAUGGCUAGUAUGACUAGACCUUUGCAAAGUUUGGACUCUUGACCUCUAGGGUACUGGCUGUGUGUGGUAAUUUGUUAAAGUAAAAUAUGUACAUCAAGAAUAUUCAUUUUUACCCAAUGUGAAAGUACAUACAUCUGUAUCUUUGCUAUUAUUCUAUACAAAUCUGAAUUCCUCAGAAAAUGUUUUAUCAAACUUUUUUCUUUUCAAAAGUAACACGCAGUUGUUAGAUGAAAACCAUUUGACAAGACACCAAGAUUAAAAGGCAGUGUGUAUUGAGACCAGUAGAUUUCAAUGCUUGUACUUUGUAUUUUGUUUAUGUUUCAUAGUCGUUUCUGAAGCGACCAUGUUUUGACCAUGAGUAGUGUACAUUUUCAGUGUGUGAAAGCUUUUCACGUGAUGCAGAGCCGUCAUGCUGGUGAAGCUAUACAUUAGAAUGGUGUGCUGAUGAUGGGUUACGGGCAUGAGUCUUGACACAUACUUAUUGUUUUGGUCAUUGCCCUCCUCCUGUUUUUAACCUUUUCAUGUUUUGAAUUACGGAACAGUGCCUUAGGUGUGGCAGCCAUUCUCCCCAUCUGCUUGUGGACACUUUUUCACUUCCCGAUGUUCAGUGUUAGGAUGUACUUUCCGCCUCGUCUAUAGUGAGGUCAUUGAGUACAAAGUAGAUUUUUCCAUAUGAAGUUCCUUAACCAGACUACUCUGUUAAGUUGAUAAAGUACCUGGAGCAAAUAGACAAGUAUGGUGUAUUCUUGGUAUACAUUAACAUCGACAAGCUUUGCUUCCUUUCUCUGUACAAACCUCUGUCCAUAUGAAAACUCAAGAUAAAUUAUUGUUGUCUAGAGGCACAAAUACACCCUCAGAAUUUUAUAAUCAAUACAAUCACGUUGGACUACUUUUUUUUUUUUGAGGGAGUGCCAGUUUGGCUGUAUGCAGUUGGUUCUCCAAUGGUCAGCUGUGGUCACGAUCAGAUCUGAUGCUGGGACAAUGAAGUAGUGGGAAAGCUAGAUUUGACACGACAAAGAUGAGCUGAUUUAUUUUUACUUUAACACUUUGCAGUCACUUGCCGCUAUAAUGCAACAAUGAAAAUUGUCCAUUCCUGUCACUUAACGCAGUUUUAUGACUGGCCCGAGAAGUCACUGCAGUUACUCUCCUGGCUGGGUGACCUGAUAAGGUGCUGGCUGUGUGACUGCAAAGUGUUAGUAGCAAUGAUGGUAUUAAUAGCUACUAAGUUUGUCAAAGACUUGAAUUGCUAAUGCUUAUAGAAAAAGAGGGCUGGACAGUUGUGACUGUACUCGCCUUUCACGUUGACAAAAAUUAUUCCUUGGUAGCUCACGUUGCUAUUUUAGACACUUUGCUCAGGUCCUUGUCAUAUUAAAACAGUUCCAAAAUUUAAGUUGUCUCUAUUUCUGCUUAUAAUUAAGUGCUCAUUGGAGUUGGACUUUGUACUUUGCAUUGAUCAUGCAGACCUGACUUGCAGUGUCUAUGCCACUUUAUCUUGAUUUUUCAAUUGACUGCACUUAAACAGAUAGCUGCUUAUGUCUUAUCGUCGCUAUAAUGUGUACUUACCUUCUGCACUUAGCAACACUGAGUCGUUUUACAUCAGCUGAUGCGAGGUGAAAUCUUGUCCGCUAGAAGUUGUGAGGAAAAUGUGGAGACUGCUGCACCGAGCACUGAAGCGCAUGGAUCUUAUAUCUUGAGACAUUUUUUUUCCCUGGUACUGACUUUUCCUAUUGGCUUGUACUCUUUAUUUUUAUCAUACUUAGAAUUUCUUAUUGUAGUGUACAUGUAGUGAUUAUUCAGACAUUUUGUAUUUCCAUUACCAAGAGAUGUUGCUGAUACAUUUUUUAAAUCUCGUUUGGUUUUUGUGGGAUUCUUAUUUCUUUCUUUUGUAAUCCGCUUCACAGUGUGUACGCUAAUAAAGUCAGUGUUGUAUUUACUCAGCA